AUGUGGAGACGAACAUAUUUGCUCCUCCUGUUGAUCCGCGUUUACUUUGCGCUUUGCCCCAGUUAUAUUCACCCAGAUGAGCACUUCCAGGGCCUGGAAGUCUUUGCAGGCCGCAUUCUCUCAUAUCCGUCCGAAGUGCCCUGGGAGUUUACCUCGGAGCGCCCAAUCCGCAGUAUCUUUCCGCUAUGGCCGGUUUAUGACGUCCCGAUAAGCCUCUUGAGAUGGUUCUACAAUGAGACUGGAUCAGAGAGCCCCUCGCCGGAGCUCGUAUACUACGUGGUGCGCGGGGUGAUGUUCCUGCUGAGCUUCGUGCUGGAGGACUGGGCCGUGCAUGAGCUUGUGCCUCUCCCGCGCCAUCGACGGAUAGCCGUGGUCUUGGUGGCCUCGUCCUAUGUCACCUGGACUUAUCAGACGCAUACAUUCUCCAACUCUCUCGAAACCCUGUUGGUCGCCUGGGGUCUGGUGCUCAUCCACCGUAUAGUUGAGAACAAGCGCCGCUCCUCUCUCUUCUCCUGUGCUGUCCUUUCCUUUAUUUGCGUCGCCGGCGUGUUUAACAGGAUAACUUUCCCAGCAUUUCUCGCCAUUCCAGGACUUCAAUUGUUACCCCAUUUUUGGCGCAAACCAGCAUCCCUACUUUCGUUCAUCGGCUUUGGCCUCAUAUUUUGCUACGUCGCGAUAUUUGCCGAUACAACAUUCUACAGACCUUCUGCGUCAUUUAGCGAUGUCUUGCGCUCGCCGGUAAUCACGCCGCUCAACAACCUUCUUUAUAACACCGACAGCUCUAAUCUCGCUCUCCAUGGACUCCACCCUCGAUACCAUCACUUCUUAAUCAACUUGCCACAACUCCUUGGCCCUGCGGUCGUGGUGAUGGUCCUGCAAGUGUACAACCUACGGGCCAUUCCAUCUUGGAUGCAGAAUCUUCGGGCUCUCUCUGCCAUAUCGGCUACUGCCAUGUUGUCUAUUUUCCCUCAUCAGGAACCCCGGUUCCUGAUCCCCUGCGUGCCUUUGCUCCUUACAUGCCUCCACCCUCGCAAAUCGCGGAUAUUCCUAGUUGCUUGGGUGACAUUCAACGCAGCGUUGGGCUUUUUGAUGGGCGUAUAUCACCAGGGAGGUGUGGUUCCAACCCAGCUUGCAAUCCCGUCCAUUAUUUCAACUACCACCGAGGGGUGGCAUGAGCCAUUGAAGGAACACCGACCUCUCUUUGCAACCGUACUUUGGUGGAAGACAUACUCGCCGCCUUUGUGGUUGCUAGGCGACAAUUCGAGCCUACUCCUAGACUUGGACAUUGAGACUCGAGAUCUGAUGGGCAGACCCGGACCAGAAAUGGUUAGCGAACUUGAGAAACUAGUCCCGGCCUGCCCCACGAAACUCAGAAGCACAAGGAAACCAGCUCCAGCGGGUUUGAGACAAUCCGACGCUGUCUUUGUGGUCGCGCCCAAGUCGAUCACGUUCCUCGAUCAAUUUACAACUCCGCAGAGUCGCGACUCGGCGUUUGAGCUGCUUGAACUCUGGACUUAUAAACAGCACCUCAGUCUUGACGAUCUAGACUUUGGCAGCGAUGGCAUUCUGCCUACGCUAAAGAGAGUUAUCGGGAGGCGCGGGCUUAGCGUUUGGCUUGCACAGAAGCCUGGUUGCCGUCAAGCCUAG